UAUGAUGGCAGCCGUGGGUUGACAUCGACGCAUUACUUAAUAUAAACUACUUCAAAGUUCGAGCAAAAGCCCCGACACAAUAACGUAGAACAACCGGACCGCUUUCAGAGAGCGACGCACUUUAGACACACACCCGCGCGGGCCGGUGGACACGUGGCACUAUGCCCACUGCUACUGUGGAUCACAACCAAAAGAUAUGUGAGGUUUGGGCCAACAACCUGGAGGAGGAGCUGAAGAAGAUCCGACAUGUCAUCCGAAAAUACAACUACAUUGCUAUGGACACAGAGUUUCCAGGUGUGGUAGCCAGACCGAUCGGAGAGUUCAGGAGCAACGCCGACUAUCAGUACCAGCUACUGCGCUGCAAUGUGGACUUGCUCAAGAUAAUCCAACUGGGCCUCACUUUUAUGAACGAGCAGGGCGAAUACCCCCCGGGAACAUCGACGUGGCAGUUCAAUUUUAAGUUUAACCUCACAGAAGAUAUGUAUGCGCAGGACUCCAUUGAGCUCCUGACCACUUCAGGGAUUCAGUUCAAGAAGCACGAGGACGAAGGCAUCGAGACGCUGUACUUUGCAGAGCUGCUGAUGACAUCAGGGGUGGUGCUCUGUGAUGGGGUCAAGUGGCUGUCUUUUCACAGUGGCUAUGACUUCGGAUACCUGAUCAAGAUUCUGGCCAACGCUAACCUGCCCGAGGAGGAGGUGGACUUCUUUGAGAUCCUUCGCUUGUACUUUCCAGUCAUUUAUGAUGUCAAGUAUCUCAUGAAGAGUUGUAAAAACCUGAAGGGCGGGCUGCAGGAAGUAGCUGAGCAACUGGAGCUGGAGAGGAUCGGACCGCAGCAUCAGGCCGGCUCUGACUCUCUACUCACAGGCAUGGCUUUCUUCAAGAUGAGAGAGAUGUUCUUUGAGGAUCACAUCGACGAUGCAAAGUACUGUGGUCACCUGUAUGGGCUGGGCUCUGGCUCCGCCUACACCCAGAACGGAACGGGCAACGCGUACAAAGAGGAGGCUAACAAGCAGCAGUCAUGACAUCCCUCCGAAAACCCUCCCUUUUUUAGUUUCUGUAGAAAUGUUUUGCACUUUAAAUGUUUUGCACUUUAAAGCUCUAACCUGAUUUUAUAUGGAAAGCUGAACACAAGUUUCCAUUGUCUUUGUUGCCUUCUCUACGUUCACAUUUACCUUUUUGUGGACCUCGCACAAGAACCGCUCUUGGCACGCUCGGCCUUAGUGUUUGCUGCAUUCUUCUCUUUUAACCUCUAAUUUAUUGCGCUGGCUUUCUGACAUUGAGCAGAUGCUGCGUUCGACAGCGAGGCGCCACAUGUCGGUACGCUCGCCAUCUGUCAUCGGAUCUCCUGCCUGCUAAUGAGAACGGGAGCUCUCAGUCAGUGUGUUUUGCGCGCACAUGAAUAUUUCUUCUUUUUCCUCAUUCGUUGAUAUAAAGAUGAUGUUUGUAACAACCUGAAGGCGCUUGUGAUGAGCCUGAAACUAUACGCUGGUGUUUUCUGCUUGCACACUAUGUAGACGGGAUACUAAAACGUACUUUUAGUUACUGGGUUUUUUUGUACUGUUUGUAUUUAUGAUAAUGCUAA